CUUUCCUUUGCCAAGAGCUUCGCGACAUCUCUGUUUUCUUGCGGGCACACAUCUAUUCUACCUCACUAGUUAUCCAAAGCAUCCACGCUGCACUUCUACAGUCAGUCCGCAAUCAAUUCCACAGCGACACUCAUCACCUCUUCAACUUCCUUGCCAAAAGCAAUCGCCCAACAUGCACGCACUCUCGCUUGCACUCCUCCUCUCCAUCAUUAUCUCAACCGCCGCUUUCAGCAUCACAUGGAUCGAGAACUCAGAGUGCGAGGGCAAGACAGCACCACUGGGCGAACUCAAGCUCACGGACGGAUGCCAAAAGGUCGGCGGCGGCAACUCCACAGGCAUGGAGGGUCUCAACAUUGGCUGGACUACGGCAGAGGACAACGAUUUGGUCGUGGCGUUCUUUGGGGAUGAGAACUGCUGCAAUGGAAUCAACAUCGGGAGCUCGGGAUGGACUCCGGAUUGCACUUCAAGUGUAAUGAAGAGCUACAGGGUAAUGGAUCCGAAUGAUAUCAACAAGGGCAAAGACGGGGAGAACUACGACUGUGUAGGGAAUGAGUGAACAGCGAUGUGCUAUGUUGAAGAGAGUCCGAGUGUCGUGAUUGAGGAUAGUGGGCAGUCGAAGUUGAAAGGUGAUGGGUUAAUGUGGCAAAAGCUAUGUAUUGUUAUGGUAUCCGGGUCCAGAUUUGGAUGGUAUAGGAUCCUCCGUUUUGCUAUUGGAAAUCAUAAUAAAGCUUGAGAUUGUUUAAAGUACAAAC